AUGGCGGAGUCCAACACGACGCUGUUUCUCAUCCCGGGAGGCCUGACUCCCAAGCUCCAGCCGUGCGAUGGCCUCGUCAACAAGAUCUUCAAGGCAAACAUGUCCAGGCUCUACGACGACCACAUGGCUUCCCCUCACGUCAAACGCGGCGACCACGGCUACCCGGAGGCCCCUUCGCGGGGGUUAGUCGCACAGUGGGUCAAGAAGUCGUGGGACGCCUUGACCGCGGAUGAAGUCCGCGCGAGCUGGAGGAAGGCUGGCCUGCUGCUUCCCUUCGACGGGUCGGAAGACGAGGCCUGGGCCAACAAGGAACUCAACUCCAACGCCCAGGGGGAGCCCCUCGACGCGCCAUCGGCCGGUGCGGACAAGGCUGACUCGUCGUCGGGAGGCGGCAACUUGCUGGAGGUGUUGGAGAUCGACGAUGACGACGACACGGGCGAGGUGGUAGUGGACAUCAGCGACGACGAGGGCGAGGAGCCGUGAGGCAUCGGCGGCGAUGCUGGUGUUGAGAAAUGGUUUGUGGUGUCCUUCUCAUGUUCCCUCGCAUUUUUCCUGGCGUGCGUUUCUCUUCCUUCGUCGUGUGUUUUUUUCUUCGACGCGUCGAGUGCAACGUAGUGUUGUUUGCGGUAGUGGUUAGUGGUCUUGAUUUCGAUCGUGGUGACGUAGCAAGGUAGGUAGCAGCGGCCUAAUAGGUACUUGUUUGUGAGGGAGUAGGACGGAAUGGCCACUCUGUGGCGACCGCCUGGCAAUAUAUCGGGCGAGGUACCUUUGAUUUUUGUGUUUUUAGUUUUUGAUUGUGCAAUCAUGAUAGAAGCACGGACGCUGCUUGGUAGAUGGACCCGUUAUCAUUUUUGGUUCUU